UGUACAGGUCUCCUUUGGUUUUAUGAGGGAUCCACAGGUGUUUUUCUAGUGCACUCCAUAUUUGCUUCUGUACAGGAUGCAGUUUUCAGCUGCCGCUCAAUCUCUCGAUCCACAGCUGUGAGAGUAGGCGCUUUGCCCAGAUUCAGCCCAGCUCGCUCUAUUUGUGAAGUGCAGCUCGUAAUGAGCUGGAGCUCUUGGCUUGUGUUCCCAGAGGACCUGUACUUUUGUUCUCCAUCAUUUCCCUUUAACAUACGCUGUCAGAUGUGUGUAUGGUGUUUGAAGUUCUCGGCCACCAUCUGCUGAAGUGGAUUAUCAAGUCCAACUACCAGGGCCUGCCGCUGCCGUGUGUCAAGAGCAUUAUUCGACAGGUUUUGCAAGGCCUGGACUACCUGCACACCAAGUGUAAGAUCAUUCACACUGAUAUAAAGCCAGAGAACAUCUUGAUGGACGUGAAUGAGGCGUACGUCAAAAGACUGGCUGCGGAGGCCACGGAGUGGCAGAAAUCAGGAGCUCCACCACCUUCUGGAUCCGCAGUGAGUACAGCUCCGGCCUCAAAACAAAUGGGCAAAAUGUCCAAGAACAAGAAGAAAAAGAUGAAGAAGAAACAGAAGCGUCAGGCUGAGCUCUUGGAGAAGAGGAUUCUAGAGAUAGAGGGGCUGGAGAAAUGCCCUGAGGGAGGAGAAGAGGAAGAGGAGGAUGAAACUGAGACGCCCGAGAGCACCCCGUCAGUCCCCACCCUGCAUGACAUCACAGCUGAGGCCACACUGGAUGGCAUCUCAGAUGGUUGGUCUCAGCACAGAGACGCCAUCAACGGUCACAGCCAGGGCCCUGAGGAAGAGCAGACCCUGGAUCUCCAGCAGCAGAUGAAGGACGACACCCCCGUGAACCCCUAUGACAGCGGCACCGAGGGCUCCGAGCCUACUAACCCUUACCCAGCGUGCAACGGCACCAUAGAGAACGAGCCCAGUCCUCCGUCCCCUGUCGCCACAGACGGUAAUGGACCUUUGAUUUGUGGCAUGGUUGAGUCACAGUGCCCUAGGGUGCAGGAUCAAGAGAGCCCCACGGCGGAGCUGAACUGCUCCAGUUCUGUUGAGGGCCCCAGAGCGGAGAUGGGCCUCACCAUGGAGGUGGACCCCAGCGUGCAGGCGGCCACAGAGGAGGAGAGUCUGAAGGACGCUAAGAUUGCAGCAGGAAACCUGCUAGUCGACCCCCUGGAUCCGCUAAACACUGAUAAGAUCCGAGUGAAAAUCGCUGACCUGGGCAACGCCUGCUGGGUGCACAAGCACUUCACAGACGACAUUCAGACGCGGCAGUAUCGCUCUCUGGAGGUGUUGAUUGGAUCAGGAUACAGCACCCCAGCUGACAUCUGGAGCACAGCUUGCAUGGCAUUUGAGCUGGCAACAGGCGAUUACCUGUUUGAGCCUCACUCCGGAGAGGAUUAUUCCAGAGAUGAAGGUAAUUAUUCUUCCACAGCUUGGGAUUCAACCCACACAACUUUAGCAGACCCGCAGCCAAUCAAAAGCUCCAGCACAUAA